AUGCGUACUUCGCGCACUUCCAAAGAGACGACAAGUCUUCUGCAGGCUCUCUCGCCUCCUACGCGACGCCAAACGCGUAGUUCGUCAAGGGCAAACGUCCUUCAGCGCUUUGCCUUCAAUGCUGGCGCAAAUGGCCAUACUGAGACUGCGCCUACGAUAACGGGAGCACAGUCCCAGCAAAGUGACGGUGACGAUACUUCGUCGCUCUCAUCAGCUGAUACUGUGGACAUCGAGGAUAUCUUGGAACCCCCUCUGAAAAAGAGAAAGAGUAGCCCUAGCAGCCUGUCCACCAAGAGCACGACACGAGCGCCCGGUAAGACCGUCACAAAACGCGAGGCUGUCAAGGUGGAGUCUGCGAAGCCAAAAUCACGUCGUGCACCAGCCCGCAAGAUCAAGGGCGAUGAUGGUUCAAUCAAGAUAGAACCGCCAUCGAACUGGGAGACCAUCUAUUCCAUGGUCAAGAAAAUGCGGGAGAACAACCCGACGGCUCCUGUGGAUACCAUGGGCUGCGCGGAACUCUAUUGGCGAUCAUCGUCUCCCAGAGACAAACGAUUUCAGACCCUUAUUGCAUUGAUGUUGUCGUCCCAGACCAAGGACACAGUGACAGCUGUGGCUAUGCAGCGGUUACACACCGAGCUGGGGGAUGGAAAAGCCCCAGCAGAAGAUCCCAUAGUCAAGAAAGAAGAGCAAGAAGAUAUUGACCUCAAGUCGUCACAGCCUUUGAGAGAUAGCACUUUGAAUCUCGAGAACAUCCUGGCAGUCUCUCCUGAGAGACUGAACGAGCUAAUCAGGACAGUCGGCUUCCAUAACAACAAGACCAAAUAUAUCAAGGCAGCAGCUGAGAUACUCCGAGAUCAGUACAAUUCAGAUAUACCAUCGACCGCCGAGGAGCUCAUGAAGUUGCCCGGCGUGGGGCCAAAGAUGGCAUAUCUCUGCAUGAGUGCUGCCUGGGGGAAGGACGAAGGAAUUGGAGUUGAUGUGCAUGUUCACCGUAUCACGAAUCUUUGGGGUUGGCACAAAACCAAGACACCUGAGGAGACACGCAUGGCAUUAGAGUCCUGGCUCCCUAGGGAUAAAUGGCAUGAAAUUAACAAGCUGCUUGUGGGCUUAGGACAGACAGUUUGCCUACCUGUUGGCCGGAGGUGCGGUGAGUGCGAUCUUGCUGGGACCAAGUUGUGCAAGAGCGAAAAGGGUGGCAAGUCACUGUGUCAACUUCCAGAAAAAGUCAAGCUUCGGAUUCUGGAGUACAUAGGACUAGUACGGCCUUGUUUGAUCGAAAUAACGGCUGAGGCACACAGAGUCAAACAGGCUGCUGAUCACACGUGCGCCACGCGUAAUCUCUUCCAUACACGUGGGAUUUGGUCCACCUGUGCUGGUCGACUCUGUGAUCAUCCACGACUGCCGACAGAGGUGCUCAUGGUUUCUCGCGAGUUCCGGGAGGACCUGGGCGCCCUUUUCUGGUCGCACAACCGCUUUAGUUUCAUACUUACCAAUUUGAACGACUGGGAUUGCUUCUUUAACGCCGUCGAUUGGGCCGCAGAAGACGUGAGAUAUUUGCAUGUCGAAAUGCGUACCUGGGACAAUCGUUUCAUCAAACCUGGCGCUCAGCGCAAUCUUCUGCGGCUGUGGUCUCGUUUUUGCCGUUAUGCCGCUCUGGAAAUGGUUAAUCUCAGGUAUUUCAGUCUCAAGUGCAGAGUCAAGGACAUGGCAGUGGCCCUCAAGAUAAUGUCUGCCAUGGACCCGUUCCCUGCCCUCUCUCAGUGUGCUUUUCAUUUCAGUCACAACCCGGAGGAGGAUAUACGUCCCGUCGUUAAGAGAAAUGCCCUGAGAUUGACUGGCAAUCUCGGGGAAAGUCUUACCUUUCCGUACUUUGAUCUGCCCAAAGAAGUGCAGCUGAUAAUACUUGAAUUCCUGUUGUCUCGCCCGCUCACAUGCUGCGGCACCUGCUCUCCGCUCCAGGCGGCGUGCUUCUGUCGUGCCCGUCAGACGGCGUACUCGACCACCUGCUCUUGUUUUUCGUCGCCUGUAAGGUACUUCCUUGUUAGCCGGGCAUUCUAUGAAGAUGCGCGCCGGAUCUUUUUUACCAUGAGCCGCUUCGCCUUUGUGGAGGAAGACCCUGAUCUCAUGAUGGGCUUCAUGAACAGUAUUCCAACCUCGUCUUUCAUGUUGAUUCGCCAUCUGGUUUUCAAAUUCCCGGCGAUGCAUCGACACCCCGCGAAGCCUAGCCAUAAGCCACACGAAGACUCUGCCAUGGUGUCUUGGUCAGUAUUACGUCGCUUCAUACGAGAGCAUUUUGAACUUUCGCGCCUCUCUCUCACAAUCGUGGACUUGGGUACCAGAUCAUCUAGUUGGCGCAAUGCAGCCCCACAUCGAAACAAGUACGUGAGGAAGCUACUCGAAGCUUUUCAGGAUCUGCGUGGACUUCGGGAGUUUCGUGUCUUUCUCGAAGAUGAUCAAUCCUAUGAGGUGACUGCGGAGCGACUUGUCAUGGGGCGUGCGGUUGCAAGGAGGCCUUUGGACUUCAAAUUUCCAUUUGUCGAAAACGGACAUUAAGGAACGGCGCUGUCUUUCUUGACGGGUGGUCUUCGAUUCGUUGAAUGGGCCUACUCAAUGUUAGGAGGAGAAUCU